CGCUCUGCCUGGUGGAGGCUUCGCUUUCCCCGCCCCGCUGUCCGCGGCAUCGCCGCUUCCACUUCCUGGUUCGCCCCACCUUUAGCGAAACCAACGAGAGGACAUCGUCUGCCGUCUAGAACAGCCUGACCAGUGGCGUGAUAGAGUGGCGCGCUAAAGUGAGAGGAAAGCUGUGCGCGGCUGCGCUUUCCCGUCCCUGAGCUGUGGUGGCCGCUGGAGAAAUGCUUUCUGAAAGCAGUUCAUUUUUGAAGGGUAUGAUGCUCGGAAGCAUCUUCUGUGCCUUGUUCACAAUGCUAGGACACAUUAGGAUUGGUCAUGGAAGUAGAAUGCACCACCAUGAGCAUCAUCACCUACAAGCUCCUAAUAAAGAAGAUAUAUUGAAAAUUUCAGAGGAUGAACGCGUGGAGCUCAGUAAGAAUUUUCGGGUAUACUGUAUCAUCCUUGUAAAACCCAAAGAUGUGAGUCUUUGGGCUGCAGUGAAGAACACUUGGACCAAACACUGUGACAAAGCAGAGUUCUUCAGUUCUGAAAACGUUAAAGUGUUUGAGUCAAUUAACAUGGAAACAAAUGAUAUGUGGUUAAUGAUGAGAAAAGCUUACAAAUACGCCUUUGACAAAUAUAGAGACCAAUACAACUGGUUCUUCCUUGCACGCCCCACUACAUUUGCUAUUAUUGAAAACUUAAAAUAUUUUUUGUUAAAAAAGGAUCCAUCACAACCUUUCUAUCUAGGCCACACUAUAAAAUCUGGAGACCUUGAAUAUGUGAGUAUGGAAGGAGGGAUUGUCUUAAGUAUAGAAUCAAUGAAAAGACUUAAUAGUCUUCUCACUAUCCCUGAAAAGUGUCCUGAACAAGGAGGGAUGAUUUGGAAGAUAUCUGAAGAUAAACAGCUAGCGGUCUGCCUGAAAUAUGGUGGAGUGUUUGCAGAAAAUGCAGAAGAUUCUGAAGGAAAAGAUGUAUUUAAUACCAAAUCUGUUGGCCUUUUUAUUAAAGAGGCAAUGACUAAUCACCCUAACCUGGUAGUAGAAGGAUGUUGUUCAGAUAUGGCUGUUACAUUUAAUGGACUGACUCCUAAUCAAAUGCACGUGAUGAUGUAUGGGGUAUACCGUCUCCGAGCAUUUGGGCAUGUUUUCAAUGAUGUAUUGGUUUUCUUACCUCCAAAUGGUUCUGACAAUGACUGAGAAGUGGAACAAAAGCAUGUGUAUGAUCACCAUCUACAACAUGUGUUGCCAUUAUUUGUAGUAAAACUACAUAUCUAAAACAGCAGUAUGUUUUGUUUCUUUUUCAGUUUGGUGGCACUAGUUUAAUUGCACAUUAAAGUUUAGUAGUACAUUUUCACAUAGGGUGGGUAUUUUUCCCUUAAAACACUUGUGAAAAUUUCAAUCAUAUUGGAAAAAAAUGUUUAAUAAUAAUUUUUCAAAUAAAAGAUGUAUUUACAAAUAU